CGGUGCUUCACCCAGGGUGCCAUACAACCACAGACCAAACUACACUUAAACCCUGUGUCUUCUUUCCACCAAGCAUGCAGUGCAGCAUGAGUUAGAUAAAACAGCCUCUCCCGCCGCAAGAAGAAUUGCCCACGCCAACCAUCGACAAAAAUGUCUGCCAAACAUUCUCCCGUUGCUCCCUCCCCAGCACACAAAACUCCUGUCACCCAUUCGACUACUGCCAAUACUACAGCCAACACUCCCGCCGCCCCGCAGGACCCGAUGUCCCCGUCCGAAACCACUCCCACGGUGCCCUUCCCGCCGCCGCAAACUUUCGACAUUCUGCCACCACUCCACGCCCUCUUCGUCCGUCUCCUUUCCACCCCGCCGCACGCGCAGCAAGCCGCUGCAACGAACCCCGAUGCAACCAGUGCACUCGGCGAAUCAUCUCUCCUCACCACCGCCGGCAUCGACGCGACGGAAAUGCACUCACUCGACCCCCGCGCACUCACCACGGGAGCGAGCACGGUGAAGAUACGGAUUCAAAAGGCCAGGAGCGCUAUCGAAGAGUUGCCCGACAUAAACAGGUCGGUUGCGGAGCAGGAGGAAGAGAUCAAGCAUCUCGAGCAGAAGAUUGCGCAGUUACGGGAUGUUAUCCAGGAUUUUGGUCGGAGGAGUAGAGAUGUCAUCAACGGGCAGUGAUGGGCGUAUUUUUUACGAUAUUGGAGGGUUUGAAUUUAUGCGAGACCUCGCGGGGGCGUUAUUGUGAUGUCUACUCCGUACGAAGUCUAGGAACUUUGGAGUUUUACCCGGACAC